GGAGUUCAGGUUGUAAAAGUAAAUGCCAAGUGAUGUUUUUCAGGAUCCCCAGAAGUUUCCUGACAUCCCAGGAAAGUUCGUGAGUGCUCUAGAUGACUUCCCCAUAGAAACACCCAAAGGAAUCCAGAUGUUCCAGUGUGUGGAUCCCAAUCAACCCCAGCAAGACCCAGUUGGACACCCAGUCAUGCACCAGUCGGCCAUUAAACACACCACAGGGGAAGCUAUAUUUGUUGAUGACAUGCCUCCCGUUGACCAAGAACUCUUCCUUGCUGUAGUCACCAGUACCAGGGCCCAUGCAAAGAUCACAUCGCUCGAUGUGUCGGAAGCCAGGGCAUGUCCAGGGGUGGUUGAUGUGAUUACAGCCGAGGAUGUUCCGGGAGAUAAUAACCACAGUGGAGAGAUUUUCUAUGCACAGAGUGAGGUCAUUUGCGUGGGUCAGAUCGUCUGCGCUGUGGCUGCGGACACCUACGCCCACGCAAAAGAAGCAGCUAAACUCGUGAAGAUUGCUUAUGAUGACAUAGAACCAGCGAUUAUCACCAUAGAGCAAGCCCUAGAACACAACUCUUUUCUUUCCCCCGAGAGAAAAAUUGAACAAGGAGAUGUAGACUCUGCCUUCCAGCAUGUGGAUCAAAUCAUUGAAGGUGAGGUCCACGUGGAAGGCCAGGAACAUUUUUACAUGGAAACGCAAUCCGUCCUGGCUAUCCCACAAACGGAAGACAAAGAGAUGGUGCUACACAUAGGGACACAGUUUCCGACCCAUGUGCAGGAAUAUGUGUCUGCAGCAUUAAAGGUUCCAAGGAGCAGAAUUGCCUGCCACAUGAAAAGAGCCGGAGGAGCGUUUGGGGGCAAAGUGACCAAGCCCGCUCUCCUGGGAGCUGUCGCUGCUGUGGCCGCCAACAAGACUGGCCGCCCAAUCCGCUUCAUCCUGGAGCGUGGUAAUGACAUGCUGAUAACUGCUGGCCGCCACCCACUCCUGGGAAAAUACAAAAUCGGGUUCAUGAACAACGGGGAGAUCAAGGCUGCUGACGUGGAGUAUUACGUCAAUGGAGGAUGCACGCCUGAUGAGUCUGAGAUGGUGAUAGAGUUUAUUGUGCUGAAAUCUGAAAACGCAUAUUGUAUCCCAAAUUUCCGGUGCCGGGGCAGGGCUUGCAAAACCAAUUUGCCAUCGAACACAGCCUUCCGAGGAUUCGGUUUCCCUCAAGCGACAGUGGUAGUCGAAGCCUACGUAACUGCGGUGGCAGCUAAAUGUAACCUACUCCCUGAAGAGGUUAAAGAAAUAAACAUGUAUAAGCGAACUAGCAAGACAGCCUAUAAGCAGGCGUUUAAUCCGGAGCCCUUGAGAAGAUGCUGGAAAGAGUGUCUGGAGAAGUCAUCGUUCUAUGCUAGGAAGCAGGCUGCAGAGGAAUUUAACAAGAAGAAUUAUUGGAAGAAAAGGGGGCUUGCUGUCAUCCCCAUGAAGUAUAGCAUUGGGAUCCCCACAGCCUUCUACAAUCAGGCCGCUGCUCUGGUCCACAUCUACUUGGAUGGCUCAGUCCUGCUGACCCAUGGUGGCUGUGAGCUGGGACAAGGCCUAUACACCAAAAUGAUUCAGGUGGCCAGUCGGGAGCUCAACAUCCCACAGUCAUACGUGCACCUGUCCCAAACCAGCACUGUCACCGUGCCCAACGCUCUCUUCACCGCCGGCUCCUUGGGGACGGACGUCAAUGGGAAGGCCGUACAGAAUGCCUGCCAAAUUCUCCUGGAGCGUCUUCGUCCCAUCAUCAAGAAAAACCCUGAGGGAAAAUGGAAGGAAUGGGUUGCAAAGGCCUUCGAAGAAUCCAUCAGCCUCUCCGCCACCGGAUACUUCAAAGGCUACCAGACAAACAUGGACUGGGAGAAGGAGGAAGGCAAUGCUUACCCGUACUAUGUCUACAGCGCAGCCUGUUCGGAGGUCGAAGUUGACUGCCUGACGGGGGCUCACAAGCUCCUGAGGACCGACAUCUUCAUGGAUGCUGCCUUCAGCAUAAACCCUGCCCUGGAUAUCGGGCAGAUCGAGGGAGCGUUUAUCCAGGGCAUGGGACUCUACACCAUAGAGGAGCUGAAAUAUUCCCCAGAAGGUGUGCUCUAUUCUCGGGGUCCAGAUGACUACAAAAUCCCCACUGUCACCGAGAUACCGGAAGAGUUCAACGUCACUCUGGUGCACUCUCAAAAUCCCAUCGCCAUCUACUCAUCUAAGGGACUGGGUGAGGCUGGAAUGUUCUUGGGAUCCUCAGUUUUGUUUGCCAUAUAUGAUGCCGUGACCGCGGCCCGCAAGGAGCGUGGGCUGAGCGACACCUUCCCCAUGAAUAGCCCGGCAACACCUGAAGUGAUUCGCAUGAGCUGCACAGACCAGUUUACGGACAUGAUUCCCAGAGAUGACCCUUCGACAUUCACACCUUGGUCCAUCCACGUGUCUUAAUCUCAUGCCUUUGAGGAAAUACAGCUGAUUCACUAGCCUCAAAUCAGAGCAGCAUACAAGUUGACUAGAAUUUGUCAAGCAUGAUUUUACUAAUUUUAGUUAUUCUCUGUAAUAAGGUUAUUGUGUGAUUACAUUUUAGGGUGCAGAUUUUCAACAAAUAGUGUAAUAAAACUUAGAAUCCAAUUCUGAUUUAGUUUUCAUCAUCCUGGAAAUUUGCAUCAUGGUACUUUUUAAACCUGGUGACGUUCCAUUAACCUGGGGUGGCUUAGGAGGACCUCCCUGUGUUUUGUUCCAAACAGCUGUGUUCAAAACCCAACAAAACUGCCCAACCCAAAACUCUCUGGAUUGGAGUCUCCCAAAACCAGGACCUGAAAAACCCCUUUUACAGCACCUGCCAUUUCCUGUGGUAUAAACACCAUUACAAGGGCAAACUAUAAGCCCUUGGGGAACCUGGAUGUGCAGCUGGAGAGAGGAGCCCACUCGGGACUCCUGGGAGUGGCUGACUGGACUCCUGGGAGUGGCUGAGAGCUCUGUCUGCACUCAAGUCCCCACAGUGCAGACUCCUGCCUCCUGGAUCUGCUCUGGUUUGAAUACAGCUUCUUUCCAAAGGUGUGAGCUAGCAGCUUGGUCUCCGAGGUGGUGUUGUCAACUGUAAGAGGUGGAGUCUAUCGAGAAGUGGUUAGUGAGGGCAUGAAAGCUGGAAUGGACUAGUUCCCAAAACUAUGACAGAGAGGAGGGCCUCACCAAAUGGGCAGUCAUGUGACCUCGCCUCUAACCUAUGAGCCUAUAAACUCUUUUCUUGAUGAAGUAUCAAGCCUCUGGCAUUUUGUUACCACAACAACACAAAACGAUUGAAAGCACCAUCAGAAGCUUCCAAAUGACAACCCUCAUCACCAUGAACUAUGUACGUGAUAGAACAUCCUCCUCGCCUAGAUAACCACACUGAGCAGAGAGCAUCAAUCCAGGCCACUCUUGUACGGUUUUGAUUUGGGAUUGAUGGCCAAGAUGGCCAAGAGGUGAAAUCAGAACUACUUCCUUUUACCACCAAAAUAACACAAAUCCACAAAAUUCCUUUGCUUUUGGGCUCCUCUCUACCUAUCUUACAUUGCAUCUUUUCCAAGGAAAUGCACCCUAGGGAAGUGUAAAAGUGGAAAUAAACAAACCAAAUCUGUUGUCAUGGA